AUGCCGCAGGAACAAUUCCUCCGGCGGAGCUCCAAUGUGCCACCGAACACAGCAGCAGCUUCCACAGGAAGGCUGCGGAGGUGGGUGGUCCCAGUCGUCGCCACGGUUGCACCGCUCGCGGUCUUGCUCGCAUGCAGUGCGGCAGUGGUGCUCCUGUUGCGGCGGCAGCAGAGCAGGAAGCGACCGCACCAGCGGAACGCCGGCGCAAUCGACGACGACUCCGACGGCUCCGACGAGCAGUGCUCCGGGGAAGCAGCGGACUUCGAGAAAGGGGUGGGACCGAGGCGGUACUCCUACCGCGCGGUGGCGGCGGCGACGAGGAACUUCGCCGAGGAGAACAAGCUCGGGCGCGGCGGCUUCGGCUCCGUCUACCGCGGGCGCCUCGCGGGCCAGGACCGCGACGUCGCCGUCAAGGUGCUGGCGCCGGAGUCCUCCGCGCAGGGCCGCAGGCAGUUCGAGGCGGAGGUCCGGAUCAUCAGCCAGCUGCGGCACCGCAACCUGGUCCAGCUCGUCGGCUGGUGCGACAGCCGCAAGGGCCUCCUGCUCGUCUACGAGCUCGUCCCGGAGGGCAGCCUCGACAAGCACCUCUACGGCGGGCGCCGCGUCCUGACGUGGCCGGAGCGGCACCGGGUCGUGCUGGGGCUCGGCGCGGCGCUGGUGUACCUGCACGGGGAGUGGGAGCAGUGCGUGGUGCACGGCGACAUCAAGCCCAGCAACAUCCUGCUCGACGCCUCGCUCGGAGCCAGGCUCGGCGACUUCGGGCUGGCGCGGCUCGUCGACCACGGCGCGGGGCCGCGGACCACCAGGGUGGUGAUGGGCACCAUGGGCUACAUGGACCCGGACCUGGUGAACACGCGCAGGCCGAGCACGGCCUCCGACGUGUACAGCUUCGGCGUCGCGCUGCUGGAGGUGGCCUGCGGCAGGCCGGCCACGGACGAGGAGCCCGGCGGGGAGACGCUGUCGCUGGCGGAGUGGGUGUGGGAGCUCUACGACGGCGGCGCCGUCCUGGAGGCCGCCGACGGAAGGCUGGACGGCGAGUUCGACGCGUGGGAGAUGGAGCGCGUGCUCGUCGUCGGGCUCUGGUGCUCGCACCCGGUGCCGACGGAGCGCCCGUCCAUCGUGCACGCGAUGAACGUGCUGCAGUCCCGGGAUGCGAGGCUGCCGGCCCUCCCCACCAACGUGCAUCGUGGCGCCGCGGCGACUGCCGGAUUCAGUGGGUACGUGCACUGCUUGUCGUCCGUCGCCAGCGUUGCGGAGCCAUGCUGA